AUGCCGAGUACUACUAGGAACCAGUCAAAAAAACGUGUGGAUAUCAGCCCUACAGAAGGCGACAAUUGCAAGGAAUCUACAGCUUUGGAGAAUCCAGCAAAACGAUCUUUGCACAGUGACGACACCAUGAGUAAAGGUAUGACCUUGACGGAUUUACACAAGUUACUUCAAGGUGAAAUCCAAUCGUCCAAAGAAGAGAUCCAGAAUAGCAUAAUGGAUAUGAAAGCGGACCUCAAGAAACUGAGCGUGGAGGUGGACGACGUGAAGAAAUCUCAGGCUUUCAUAAAUGCGGAGUUCGAGAAGUUCAAGGGCGGGCUAUGCAAGAUUACGGAGGAAAUGAAAACAACAUGUUCUGACAUCACAGCUCUGAAAAGUGCACAGGGAGAAAUAACAUCACGAAUAGCAACAAUGGGAAGUGAUGUCCGCUACAUACAGCAAGAGCAGCUAUCGAACAACAUGCUGAUUUCCAAUGUCAUAAAAACUGCUGAUGAGGAUCUCUGUGCUAUAUUGUGCAAAAUCUGUGAAUUUCUCCAAGUUGAACUGUUUGAGCGCGAUGUUCUAGUAAUUAAUCGGUUAGCAACUAGGAAUACGAAGCAAAUUGAACCGAUCUUGGUACAAUUUGCCAAUCGUUUUGUGAAGGAUAGGAUGAUGUCGGCAAUCAAAACUAGUCCAUUGUCAUGCAAGAAUAUCGGCUUCCCAAUAAACCAACGCAUCUUCUUCAAUCAUCACCUAACAGCACACAAUCAAGCUUUGCUACAGGCGGUGCGCUUGCACAAGAAGAAAUACAGCUAUAAAUUCGUCUGGUUUAGUCGAGGGUACAUCUACAUCAAGCGGGAUGAAAACUCUACAGCUUUGCGUAUCUUAUCGAGAGAGGAUUUGCCAUCGGAGUCAGAUUAG